AUGGCUGCCAUCUCUGUUGUUGAAUGGAACCCAAUGCAGAAAGUGAACACGCCUGUAAAGUACACGACCUUCUGUGUUAAUAUAUGUAGCUGCAAAUACACAAAGGUGUGCUAUAUUUUGAGCCCAACUAACAAUCCUAAAAUAGUUGUCAACAUAAUUCUUUGCACUCUGGCUUAUUCAGCACUCCUGAACUUGACCUCACAAAGUCAUGGUCAUAAUGAAUGGGAAUUGACAGAAUUGGGAAGCAAACUCUGCGCACGCUCGUUCCCAGGCCCGGGUCUGCGUCCGUUUGUUCCGGGGCCCGCGCAUGCUCGUUCCCGGGCCCGGACCCGCGCAUGCUCGUUCCCGGGCCCGGACCCGCGCAUGCUCGUUCCCGGGGCUGUGAUCUGGGACAGUUGUCUCUUGGGGAUGUUGUCUGUCUCUGGGCUGAGUGUAAUCGGUGUUGUUUGGCUAAUUUUCGCCACGGUUUUCUUAUUCUGCGUGAUCUUUCACAAUGUGUGGUCAGGUUCGGGAAUUUUCGCGCUGUUAUUCCAGGAUUUCAUGCGUUACGGUAAAAGUAAACAGUAUUUCUUCCAGCGGCCGGCGUGGCUGCAGCGCCUGGACCUCCCGAAAAGAUGGUUUACUCAUUUUUACAUGGUUUCAGUAAUUUGGAACGCUAUUCUACUUGGAAUCACUUGUCGAAGUCUCUUUUUGAGGCAUCCAUAUCCAAUGUGGCUUCAAAGAGUACUAAACUUGCUUUGUGGGAACGUAUUACAUUUAACAUCUGGUGAUGAACUAUCCAUUCUGUUAGUUCAAAUAAUGCUAUGUGUACAAGCUGUUCGACGCCUUACAGAAUGCCUUUUCACCUCUGUGUUUUCAAAUGGAGUCAUUCAUCCAGUACAGUAUUGCUGGGGUUUGGUUUAUUAUGUGCUUGUUGGUUUAACAGUGCAUUGUGAAGGACCAGUUCUUGGGACCAAAGUGUAUGCGAUUCGAGACCUAUUUGCACAAGGGAAGUGGUACCAUGCAGCUGGAAUAAUGCUGUUUUUGUGGGCAACAGUACAUCACCACAGGAGUCAUGUGAUAUUGGCCAGUCUUAGGAAAAACAAAAUGGGUGAAGUGAUUCACUUCAAGCAUAGCAUCCCAUAUGGUGACUGGUUUGAAGUAGUUUCCUGCCCACAUUACUUAGCUGAACUGUUGAUCUACCUUGCUAUCAGUGUGACCUUUGAAGGACGACACCUUACCUGGUGGUUUGUAAUAUUAUAUGUGUUUUUCAGCCAUGCAAUGAUGGCUAUUCUGUGUCAUGAAUUCUACGUGAAGAAGUUUGAUAACUACCCAAAAAUACGGAAGGCAUUUAUACCUUUUAUAUUUUAAUCCACUUUUGAAUAUGUUAUUGUAGCUUACAGAUUUUGAUACUUACCUGUUAUUUUGUUCUAUUUUCUGGUUUAACAUUUACCAAUAGCAAUUAUAAAACCUCACAAAUGUUUCUUCUUGGAGAUCAUCCUUUUCUAGAAUCAUAGAGCUGUACAGCGUGGUCCAACUCAUCUAUGCAACUAAAUAUCCCAAAUUAUUGUAGUCGCAUUUGCCAGCAUUUGGCCCAUAUCCCUCUAAACCCUUCCUAUUUGUGUACCCAUCCAGACGACUUUUAGAUUUUGUAAUUGUACCAGCCUCCACCACUUCCUCUGGCAGAUCAUUCCAUACAUGCACCACCCUCUGCAUGAAAAUGUUGCCACGUAGGUCUCUUUUAAAUCCUUUCCCUGUCACCAUAAACUUAUGCCCUGGUUUUGGACUAUCCGACCCUGGGAAAAGACCUUGGCUAUUCACUGUAUCCAUGCCAUCAUGAUUUUUAACAACCUCUAUAAGGUCAUUCAUCAGCUUCCAACACUCUAGGGAAAUUAACCCCAGCCUAGAGCUCAAACCCUCCAAUCCCAGCUACAACCUUGUAAAUCUUUUCUGCACCCUUUCAAGUUUAACAACAUUUUUCCUAUAGAAGGGAAAUGGUACACUGUAUUUUAAACAUGACCAAACUAGUAUCCUAUACAGUUGCAACAUGACAUCCCAACCCCAUUCUCAAUUUACUGACCAAUAAAGGCAAGUGUACCAAAUGCCUCUUCACUGCCCUGUCUACCUGUGACUCCACCUUCAAGUAACUAUGAAGGUCUCUUUGUUCAGCAACACUCCCCAGAACCAUGCCAAUAAGUGUCUAAUUCCUGCCCUGAUUUGCCUUGCCAAAGUGCAAUACCUCGCAUUUAUCUAAAUUAAGCUCCAUGUACUACACCUCAGUUCUAAACUAGAAUAUUGUCAUCAGUGAAUUGGAUUUUUUAAAGUGUCUGAAUUUAUGCAGAUAUAAAAGAAAGCAUCCUUUUCAACAUUGGUCAAGCCAACCUUUCACGAAGUCAUAUCUUCAAAAUAAAUUAUUUGAACUUUUAACUAUGUUAAGAUACUUUCAAAUGAGUCUUCUUGUUAUAAUGGGCGGCACGUGGCACAGUGGUUAGCACUGCUGCCUCACAGCGCCAAAGACCCGGGUUCAAUUCCCGCCUCAGGCGACUGACUGUGUGGAGUUUGCGUGUUCUCCCCGUGUCUGUGUGGGUUUCCUCCGGGUGCUCUGGUUUCCUCCCACAGUCACAAAGAUGUGCAGGUCAGGUGAAUUGGCCAUGCUAAAUUGCCCGUAGUGUUAGGUAAGGUGUAAAUGUAGGGGUGUGGGUGGGUUACGCUUCGGCGAGUCGGUGUGGACUUGUUGGGCCGAAGGGCCUGUUUCCACACUGUAAUGUAAUCUAAGUGCCAGUUUUGCUUUUAUAUGAUGCUGUAGCCAAAGGCAAGUAUAGAAUUACAACUGCUCAUCAUCAUCUCGGGAAUCAUGUCUGAUCUUUUAGAUCACUGUUAACUGUUAUUCUAUGCAUUAACUUUUGUAACAUGAUUACAAUAAUGCAAUUUGUCAAUAUAUCAUCUAAAUGCUCCAGUUAGUUUAUAUUAGAAUAUCUGCAUG